ACCUCAUGAAACACCUCAGCAAUGGGCUGUUCGUAUAAGGGCUCCUUUACAAGAACUACUUUCUAAGCGAAAAUAUAGUUUAUACCAUGUGUACUGCCUUUUCGAUUCAUUUGAGCAAGUAGAAUCCAAAACAUACUAUAUUAAUGAUGAGUUAUAUGAAGAUCACUUCUAA